GUCGCAAGAACCGGCCGAUGUUUCUCCAUCUCCUCAUUCUGGAAGUGUGGACUCACCAUAACAAAGAUGGCUACAGGAGACACCAUCCUGCUGCAGCACUUCCUUCGCGAUGCAGCCACUGUUGUCCCGACCGACAACCUACACGACCUUGGGUGUGAAGCAGUCACGGAGCUCGAGAUAGAUCUGGCAGCAUCACCGCAUUACGAUCAUUUCGGAACGCGAAUGGAUCACAAGUUCACUGCUGGCAGAAUUUCCUCUCAUCUUCGGUUGGCAGAUACGACGUACGAAAGUUGAAUGAAGUCACAGUCGGACCAGCAUGGCAUGACCGAAUGGCCUUACAGACCUUUCCUUUGGACAGUCCAGCGAAGAUCAUGUCAAACCGAGUAUCUGAAUUCCACUAGCCCAAUAUAUGCCCAAAUGCGACGGCCUGUCCUCAGCGCAGCCAACAGGAGCGAAAUCGAAACGCAGCCAUCUUUGUUGUGAUACUGCGACACUCUUUUAUUACUCGAGCCACCCAUAGCGUCUUGCACGAAACGAGGAGAAAUGGCUAAUGUGCGGUGACCUGAUCUCAGGUCUUGUGGGCCAAUGCAGAUCAUGUCUCGUGCACAGAGUUUCUGAUGUCGAAUGCCAUAGCUAUCGCAGCUCACAGUCCGAAUGUAAGCACCCGAAGAAUCGCAUGGCUUCUUAUAUGUGGAACAAACGGCUUCUAUUGCCGACAGAUCAUGAGAUUCUGGGCCUCUGGCCCGAGAGGGGACUCGAGCAUUCCGCUAUACCAUGCUUUCCGAACGAAGUCAAUCUUGAAUGACCGCUGUUCUGCACAAGGAGUAAUUUAGGUAACCUUACCGCGCCUGGGAGACCUCAGGCCUCAAUUGCGUUUGCGCAACUCUAUAUUUUCAACCACGAGAGUACUCAGC